GAGCCACCGCCGCUGCCAACCUCGUCCAAAGCUCCAGUGCAGCAGCGACGUUUGCACUUUCUUCCUCCUGUGGCUCUCACACUGAAGUCAGCCAUUGAGUUAAUCGUCUUGCUGGGCAACCGUCUGCAUCAUCGUGGCUCUUCAUCACGUUUUUGUUUUUUUUGGAAGUACGCAUCCAGCUCCUCCAUCUCCGUCAGAGCAUCCUCGCUCCUGCAUCCCUCAGACAUGCAGAUAUCUUCAUGUCAAAGCCAUCGCUCUGUCAGGGUGUGAAGCAGAAGGCUUUCAUUCCACUGAUAGGGAUUUGUUUUCCUCUUCAUCCUUCUUAGAUCAUAGGAGUGAACCAACUGUGGCACUUUACCCCAUGUGGACCAGAGCACAGCGAGCUGAGCGCCAGGACUCCUCCGCCCGCCGCCAGGAUGUGAGAUUGAUGGCGUGACAACAAAAAGAGCGUCAUCAUGCUCCACCGCCGCAGUCAGAGUUGUUCCUAAAAAGAGGCGGUGUUACGCAGCCCAGCUCCGUCGCAAGAGACAACACACGUUUUUUUUCCAUAGAUUGUUGUCGACAUGAUAACGCCUCUUUGUUUGGCUGAGGUGGCGACGUGUUUGAAGCACCUUCUAGAAUCCGCGCACACACCCUGACAUUUUCCGUAUCGCUCGUCUCAAAGCCGCUCCCGUGAGCCUGCAAGGAUUAUGAGGCCAAUGUUGAUGCUCUCACAGUCACGGUGUCUCCUGUGUGUGUUUGUCGUGGUGUGCCUGCUCGGAGCGGUGGUGUCGCUACCUCAAGCUCUGCCAUGGCACGUACCCUGUCCGGGAAGGUGUGUGUGUCACAUCAAGCCGUGGUUCUCGCCUGACUCUGUGUACCAUGAAGCUCCUACCGUGGACUGCAAUGACCAGCUGCAGACGAGCCUACCGUGGCCGCUGCCACUGAACACACACACCUUGCACCUGCAGGGGAACAAUCUGUCACAGCUGGACGUCGCAGCGCUGCACAGGCUCCCCAACCUCACAGACCUUGACCUUUCCCAGAAUCACUUCAGCUGUGUCAGGGCCGUAACACGAAACCUGUCGCUGUCAUCCCUGCUGUCUCUACACCUGGAGGAAAACCAUCUCAACCACCUCCCAGAGGCCUCCUUCUCUUCACUGCCGGCUUUGCAGGAGCUUUUCCUCAGCCAUAACGACUUGUGCUCUAUUGCACCUGGAGCCUUCACCAGUCUGAACUCCCUGCUGCGUCUGCAUAUCAACAACAAUAAGCUAACUACUGUCGAUCCGAGGUGGUUUGGGGCUCUGCCGCACCUACAAGUUCUCAUGCUUGGAGGAAACCCUGUUGAGACCCUGCCUGAGAAGGGCUUCUUGGCCUUGAAGUCCCUCCGUAGUCUUGUUCUUGGGGGUAUGGGCUUAAGAGACCUUGCCGAUAAUGCUCUGGAAGGGUUGUGGGGUCUGGAGAGCCUAUCCUUCUAUGACAACCUUCUCACCAAGGUUCCUACUCAGGCUUUGCAGAGGGUUGAAGGACUGAAGUUUCUCGACCUUAACAAGAAUCAAAUCAAAGUGAUCGAAACGGGAGACUUUAAAGACAUGGCCCAUCUGAAGGAGCUCGGUCUGAACAACAUGGAGGAGCUGAUGUCCAUCGAGAGGGCGUCACUAGAGAAUCUCCCGGAGCUCACCAAACUGGAAAUCACCAACAACCCACGACUGUCCUUCAUCCACCCGCAGGCUUUCUUCCAGCUGAGCAGGCUUGAGAGUCUCAUGCUGAACUCCAACUCUCUCAGCGCUCUGCACCGUCACAUCAUGCUCUCUCUGCCCAGGCUCCAGGAGGUCAGCCUGCAUUCCAACCCGCUCCGCUGUGACUGCCUCUUCCACUGGGCCGCACAGGUCGUUUCCCGCCCUCACAGGAAUACGCCAGCAAAGAACGAGCAGCAAACAUCUCGGGUGGUACGUUUCAUUCAACCUCAGGCGACACUGUGCUUGGAACCUCCAGAACUGAAGGCUCGCAGAGUGAGAGACGUGUCCUCCAGGGAGAUGUCUGCCUCUUGCCUCCCUUCAAUCCCCAACACCUCCCUUCCCUCCAGUGUGGGCGUCAGAGAAGGAGGAAAGCUGCUUUUGCACUGUCGAGCUCUUGCAGAUCCUCAUCCUCAGCUUUAUUGGGUCACUCCGUCAGGCUUGAGACUUGGACCUGCACCGGACAACAUGUCGAAGGGAUCAGCAGUUUCUUCCUCCACAGGAUUCAACUCAUCUGCCUCCAGCCGGGCUCAAGGUGAUACCUCCUCCAAACGCUACAUCCUACAACCUGAGGGAACGCUUGAGAUCCCAAAAGUCGCCAGCCGAGAGGCCGGCUUGUACACUUGCAUAGCUGAGAAUUAUCUGGGGGCGGAUACACGCAGUGUUACUGUGACCGUCCACGGUAGGGUGAAGUCAGGAAAGAGGAUGGCGGCUUCCAACCUGAAGGCUCGUUCAUUAGUCAGAGCUAAUUCCAAGAUGGAAGUGGUGGAAGUCGGAGCUCACUUUUCUGUUUUGUCCUGGCAAAACAGGUGCAAUUUCCCCUCCACCCGUUUAUCCUGGCAAGCCAUGAGCUCAGAUGCACAUGCUCCCGCCUACACCACACGCAUCCUCGCAGGCACACGGAGCUUCAACCUGACCCACCUGCAGGCGGAGACAUUCUACAGAGCGUGUUUACAUCUGGGAAGCCGUGAGGGUGCCAAGACCGGCGGCAGCAGAAGCAGAGCGAGCGGGAAACCUCGGUGCGUCUCGUUCAGGACGAACAAGGCAGCGGAGCCUCGGGCAAGCCUGCAGCUCAGCCCAGAGGUGUCGUCUGCCGCAGCGACACUUCUGAUGAUCCUGGCGCUCAUGCUGCUGCUGCUGGCCGGCCAGGGACGGGACAACGGGAAGCACAACCGUGCUCUUUUUCAGGAAAUCCAAAGUCAUAAGGCUGUGAUCAUCGUGCAGAAGACGGUAGGGAGCGACAGGAAACAGCCGAGCGAGAAAGUGUUGUUCCAUCACGACUGCUGAGCUCACCUGGCAAACAAAUCAAGAAUCACAGUGGUGUGGGGAAGAUUUGUUUUUAUUUUAUAUCAAGUAUGUACAGUACAAUUGUGUAUAAUUACCAGCGGUCCUAAAUAAUUCUCCAACCCAAACCUCCGCACUCACAUCAGUGAAUAAAUCAGAGGCUGCGGGUGCGAAAAUCAAAAAGACCGGAUUCCAUCCAGGGACAAAUGAAGAGGAGAGACACUCCGACAUUCUGGGUGUUUGUUACAUUUCCUGUCUAUAAUGUUUCACCGACUGAAUCAAGAUGUAACCGAGCAGAUGAAAAAAUGUCUAUAGAAAAACGACUGCUUGUUAUGGUCUUGUACGUCAAAGUGAUCGAUGCUUAGCACUCAAUGUCUAGGACUGGAUCAUGCGCCACUCUCCGUGUUGCGAUACAGGACUCCUCGCCAAACAUCUUCUUUCAGCAUUCAAGUCAUAUCCAAGUGAUUGUGUCAAAUUCUAUUUUGACCUAUUAUGAAAUAAAU